UAUGUUCGAUAAACGUAGAAAUCUGCUUUAUCGUGCCAUUGAGAGAGUAACGUCCAGUAAGAGAGAUUUUCUAUUAGUGAUUAAUAUAUGGAAAUGUAAAUUAUUUUAUUUAUAUUCGAAAUAAAUGUUUAGUUAAAUCAUGAACAAUUUAGGAACAAACGCUAUAGUUACAGAUAAUGUCUGCAAAUUUUGCAAUAAGAAAUCCAAAGUAUAUACUUGUCCUAGAUGCGGUCUGGGAUAUUGUAAUGUUGAUUGUUAUAAAUCUGAAGCUCAUUUGGAAUGUUCAGAAAGUUUCUAUAAGGAAUGUGUAGAAGAAGAAUUGAAAUCUCAAGAGAAACAUCCAGAAGACAUAAAUAAAAUGGUUGCAAUUCUGAAAAGAAUACAUGAUACAGAUUUCCAAAAUUUUGAUUCAGAAGAUGAUAUAAGCAAUGCUGAAGAAUACGAUGAAGUAACAGAGGGUCAGUUGGAUUCAGAUGAUGAAGAAGAUAUCUCAGACUUAGAUAAACGAUUAGAGAAUAUAAAUUUGGAUAAUGCUGAUGAAGUAUGGUCAGCGUUAACAGAUGCUGAGAGACAAGAAUUUGAAGCAUUAGUAAAAAAUGGUGAAAUAGAGACAUUGCUACCUCAGUGGAUUCCAUGGUGGACUUAUCAUACUGAAAAGAAACUUGUGCAAGAUAUGGAUGAAAAAUGUAAUGAACAAGAAAAGGAAUAUCCUCCACUCAUUGAUGUUCCUAUAUUUAAUGAGUUGCAGAAAGCUUCUCCAAACGUUUAUUUCAAUUUAGUAAAUGUAAUUUAUGCAUAUGCAUACAUGGCAAAUUAUUACAAUGGUGACUAUUUAAAUUGUCCAAUAGAAGCUACAAUUAUCCUUCUUGAUCUCUGUGAUAACAUGAAACUAAAUAAAAUAUAUGAAAGUAUAGAAUCAGCAAUAGCUGCUGUUGUUCACAAUAUUGUUAAUGUAAGUUUUAUUNNUCAAGAUGAAAAAAGUCUGUUAGGUUUUAAGGAAGCAGCAAAUUUAAUAAUACAAGGACCGGAACAAGUAAAUAAAUAUUUUUAUAUUGCAAUUGCACUUUCUGAAUUGUACAGGCUAUUAACAGCAGCAAAGGAGGAAAUGUCUAAAAAUAAAAAUAAAGCUGGGAGUAAAGAGUUUUCAAACAAAUUUUUGCAAAGAUAUGGUACAGAUAAAAUAAAUUUAUCAAAAAAGAUUCUUCUUUUGCACUGUAAAAAGUUGGAAUACUAUUUAUCAUGGAUCAAAAGUUGUCAUUUAAAUAUGAAUAGAUGA